AUGCGCGGAGCAGAUGCGCGCGCGACGAUCGACGGGCGGGAGGAGCGGGAGGAGCGGGGGGCACUGGAGGAGCGGCACUUCUCGCGGGGUGUGCGGAAACGAGAGGCGGAGCGGCUGGGGUUGAAGGCGGGAGAGAAGUCCGAGAGUGUUCUGGACUCGCCAGGUAGCAGCGCGCGCCGGCAGGAAAAGGCGCAUAUGGCGGGCGAUGGGGACGGCGGCAAGCGGCGGAACGGGAGAGUGAACGCGGAGGCGAAUGGCGGAAUACUGGGGAGUGCGUGGAAGAAGGCGCGGAGAGGUGCAGCGAGCACACAGCUGUCGGAAGCCCAGGGGGAAAGCGGAAGAGACGCGGCGGGGGCGAGCGGAGCGGGUGCAGGUAGAGCUGAAGGCAGUGCGGGUAAGAUGGCGGAGGGGGGCGCAGAGGGCGCCCGAAGAACGAGGGACGCGGAGGGGGAGGCGGAGGGAGGGCGAUUAGUGAAAACGGUGGGCUUUCAUGGAGGAAAGGUGGCGCGGAGAGAAGUUGCGCGCGUGGCGGCUAUUGGUGGCAGUGGUGCUGCUGGUCCAGGCGCGGGAGAAGGAGGAAGAGGGAGGAGGGGAGGGGUAUCUGGUGGGCGGUUGGUGCGGUUUGCAGAGGAGAGGGCGGAAAGGGGUGAGGGAAGGAGCGAUCACGCAGAGGAGAGUGAAAGGGCAGCAUGGGGCGUGCUGGGGAGCGUGUCUGAGAUGAUUGCAUGCCUGCAUGCCGCCAUGCACAUGCGCGUUCCUAUCACAUCCCUCCCAUGCCUGCAUGUGCACUCCUUGGAUGCACCACCCACGCCACCCACACCACCCUCGCCUCCUUCACCUCUCGCACCACCUCUGCUCCUCACCCCCCUGACAGCACCAACGCACAAGCAGCCAGUGCAGCCCGCAGAAGCAGCGCCAGCGCUGCAUGUGGGUGCAGUGGCAGCAGCGGUGGGCGCUGAGCUGGCGCGGGUGGUGGGGCGUGCUUCGCCGUGGGAUGCUGCUGGGGGCGCCGCGAGAGUGCAGCACUUGGCCCGGGCCAUGCGGGCUGUGAUAGAGGAGAGAGCGGAGAGAGGAGAGAGCAAGGAGAGCAAGGAGAGCAAGGAGAGGGAGGAGAGGGAGGAGAGACAAGGGAGAGGGGGAAGAGAGGAGAGGGAGGAGGGAGAGGAGAGGGAGGAUUGGGAGGAGAGGGGGAAGAAAAUGGAGGUAAAGGAGAGGUGGAAACGGGAGGAGCGAACGGAAGGGGCGGAGGGGAGGCACGAGGCAGCACAGCAAGGCGGGCAUGGGGCUGCUGCUGCACCGGACACGGGUGCUGCCAUGGACACUGAGAGUGCUGGCCAUGACACCACGCACAUGGAGGUGCAUGUCCCGCAGCAACCCCAGGCUUCCCUGCAUGCACCUCUGUCUUCCCUUCAACCACAGCAGCAGCAGCAGCAGCAGCAGCAGCCCAGCACCGAAAAUCACCCUCCGCCACUGCCAUCCAUCACCGUCACUGCACCCGUACCCGCUGCCCCCCCGGCACAGGGCAGGGCAGCAUGGGGGGGGCGGUGGGGAAUGGAGGGGGCAGUGGUGGCGGGGUCAGAGCGGUGGGGCGAGGAGGAGGCAGGGCGUGUGAUGGCGGAGGUGGCAGCGGGGCAUGGCACCAUGGUGUUGCUCCGGGAUGAACAGCAGCGCAUGGCAGCAGCUGUGGCGGCCAUGCACAUGGCGUAUGGCAUUGAGGCGCCACCACAUGGCGGGGAUGGCUCAGAGGCUAGUGAUCAGUCAAUCAAGCAAGGCCACGCAACGCUGUCCGCAGCCCAUCCCACUCACCCAGUGCUGCUGCUGCCAUGCAUGCUGGAGCUGCCAGUGCUGCCCUGCGCCGUGUGCACGCGCCCUGUCUCCUCGCGCACUGCUCUCAUCUGCGACACCUGCGACCGCCCCAUUCACACCCGCUGCCUCGCCACCUCCCCCGCUGCUGUCACCGGGAGGGGCAGAGGCAGGAGCCGGGGCAGGGGGCGGGGGCGGGGGCGGGGGCGAGGGAGGGGGGGGUGGCAAGCAGCGGUGGGGGAGAGUGUGGUGGAGGAGUGGCACUGUGGUGCGUGCAGGGCCCAGCGUGAGGCCAGUGGUCAGGUGGUUCUACCCAAGUAUGGGCCGCUUAGGGCACGGGGUGAUGCUCGUGCUGCUCAGGGUGCUGCUCAGGGUGCUGCUCAGGGCGUUGCUCAGGGUGCUGCUCAGGGUGCUGCUCAGGGUGCUGCUCAGGGCACAGCACCAUCCACUGCUGAGCGGGCUGAGAUAAGUGGGGGGAAGAGCACAGUUGAGUAG